AUGCCACCCAAGGCAGCUAACAAGGGUUCAGCCAAAAAGCCCAACACAGCGGUUGCCAACAAGAACUGGGAGACUGGUCUCAUCAAGGAGCAGUUUGAAGAGGAAUCAUGGCAUGCCUGUGUGUGUUUGGUAGCUGGGAUGAGUCCAGAGGACGAGGAGCUGAUCCGGGCUCUGGCCCUGGCAGUACAGCAGCCACAACGCAAACUGUUCACCUCGGUGACCUGGGACACCACCCUGACGAUGAUCCAUGAACUGGGGAAUCCUAAAACUAAAAAACCUGACGAUGUUCCUGUGUACUAUGAGGUUACAGAGCCUGCAAAGGUGCUGCUGGAUGCAGGAGAGGAGAUUCCCUGUGAUCUGAUGGCAAAAAUACUGAAGUUCCAGUUGCUACAGAUUAAAGACAAUGAUCAGCAGAGGAGAGAAGCGGAGCAAGUGAGUGCUGAAGAGGUAAAUGCAAAGGCUCCUCCUGUCUCUGCCAGCAAGGACAAAGGAGGUGCCAAGGGCUCUGACAAGAAGGGAAAGAAUCCUCCCUCACCUGUGGGACCUCCCAAGAAGACUAAGCUCAAACGCAGGGAUGAUGUUGAUCCACCUCAGUUUAUAGAUGAUGAGCCAGAUGAUGGUCCUCAACACUACAUCCUGUUGCUGGGCUUCUACAAGCCCCACCUGAUCGGGGCGCUUGAUGCAUUGGGUGUUCAUGUAUCCAACGUCAUCAAGUUGAAUUCAGAGCAUUCACAAACAUCUGAGGGGCAGCAGGAACAACAAACCUCUGAGGGCAACGAGAAGAGUCAGCCAACCUCUCCAGAUUUGGAUGCAGCAGAGGUUCAUGAUGGUGAAGAGCUACCUGCACAGGCCAAGAAGCUGGAUCUGUUCUGGUCAGAUCUGAGACUAGUUUUGGACCGCGGGCCGCCAGACACAAAGCUCCAUGAUUUGGCUCAGCUCAGCUACACUGUCCCAGAUAUCUUACCUCCCUUCACCACGCAGGACCCUGAGGCUGUGCUUGAGUUGGGAAGCGGAAUCUUUGAUGGUGUGGCCAGUCUUAUCUAUGACUGUCUGGACUGGCGCAGGCAGCAUCAGCACUACCUAGACAACAUGAGACUCAUCACUGUACCCAUUGUUGUUGAUCCGCAGCCUGCAGAGGUUGUACCGACCCCUCCCCCCAUGACUCCACGUUCCAAGAAAAAGUCGAUGCGGGAUGAGAGCCUAUCAGACAAAGAGACAGCGCAGCCUCCUCUCUCUACAGAUGUGGACAUGCGUUACUAUAGCAACCUUCUGGACCUGGUUCCCCCUGAAGUCUGCUCGGUGCCCCUUAUCUUGCAUUGUAUCCUGGAGCAGGUGGUGGUUUCUGCUGAGCAGCCUGUCUCCAUUGCGACCCAUGUGGCUGAGGAGCCAGCGCCUCACAGUGGUCCCUGGUUAGACCAUCAGCUGGUUAGCUACAUGCUGCAAAGCUUCCUGCCUCUGGUACACACAGAAGAGGAGAGGAGCCGCCUGUUAAACAGCUUGUUGACUACAGUGCAGAAUCAAAGUGACAAGGAGAGGCUUGUUGAGAAGUUUGGAGCAGAGGAGCCUCAGAGGAGGCCUGAGAACCCUCUAGUUAUCAGACAUCAUGAUGGAAGGGCACUGCGUUUAAGGGAUGUAAGUGCGGUUCUGGGUUUUGAUCCAGCAGAGGUGGAGAUGUCCAUGAUGAAGCUGUCUCCAGUGUGGGAGCUGAUCCACUCUGCAGCUCAGCAGAGGGACAGCAACUCCUGCUGGUUGGCAAUCAAACAGCAACUGCAACACUACUGUGCAGACGAUGUUGUGCCAUGGCCGGAGGUGGAGCGUUUGUUUCAUCAGAGUGUGUUUGAGAGUAUGCCUCUCACCAGUCCGGAUCAGCACGGUAUACUACAGAAUGCUGCCAGACCACUGGGAGUACUGGAACCAACACAAGAACAGACACCCACAAUAAACCCCUGGGACAACCCACUGAUGUAUGCUAAACAGCAGCUUCAUAACCUACGUACAAAAGGUCCCACAUUUCUAACUGAAGACUCUACUAACACACAGCAGAUCAGUGGGAGAGUAUUUGUUGAGCUGGACUUAUCUGACAUUCAAAGUUGUAGGCUGAGAUCUCUGUUCGACUGGCACUAUGCUGAACACCAUGAUGCUGCCAUCUUCCCACAGGUACUCCAGUUAGCCUCAGAAGAAUAUCGCUGUCUGGACACCUUCAGGGGAAGCCAUAACAACACCAUAUACAUCUUCUGUCACAAUCCAAUGGGUCCUCAUCACCAGUGCAAGGAGCCCUGGGAAGCAGCCCUUCACACUGAUGUCAAGUUCAGGAAGUACCUGGAGCAUGUCGCAGACACUAUUUCAGAUUGGACAAGACAGGAAGAGACAGAGAGAGAAGCAAUGCAGCUCAGAAGUCUCAGUCCUGCUGAUUCUCCAAAAGAUGAAAAGGCUACUGAUUCUGCAACAGAUGAGAAUACUCUGGAGCCUGUCAUCAGAAAAGACUCCCUUAAAGCGUGGAAGCUGGAGCAGGAGCAGCUGAAGGAGGAAGAGAUGGCUAAGAAGUCUAAGAAAGACAAUACACCAAAAGGCAAGCAGCAGAAAGAGGAUGUUAAGUCGACGGAUGCCAAGAAAAGCCAGAAGACUGUGGCAAGUGGCAAAAAGAGUAGAGCAGAGACGGCAGUCAGCUCAGCCAAGACUCCCACAGAGUCAAUUACUACUGCAGCGCCCCCUGUGGAGGACAACAAAGAAUUGCAUCAGACAGAGGUACCCUUUAAUGGUUUCACAGGCUACAUUAUGGAUGGCAGAUUGAUCCAUGUGUCAGGUCAUCUCCAGUACCUUUUCCCCUCAGAUGGAGGACAAAUCACUGUGGAGAACAUCAGCUUUGUUGAAGGUUCCAGUCUGAUGAAAGUGGCUGUGAAGAAGGAUGGGCAUCAUUUCUACACACACAUCAAUCAAGUUGUUACUGAUGGGGCGAAAACUCCCCCUAAGCCUCAAGACAUAAACAAUGACAAAAAAGAAGAUUUUAAAGUGACUGAGCCUGUGGAGAUUAAAAUAGUGAAGCAGGGUUCCCUCUCUGCAGUGCUGGAUAAUGGAAUCCAUCUCUCAUACAGUUUUUACGGAUCCACAGGAGAAUGCACAGAGAGUUCCCAGGACACUGAAACAAGGGCUCAAGAGAUCUUCACCCAAGGCUCUAUGGGAAGAGACCUGGAUUUAUCUCCUUCCAAGACACACACCCCAACCAGCCAGAUCAGACCUCCAGAGUUCCAGUCUAAGGUGUGUGAAGGCCAGCCAGAAUUGCCGUCAAGUCCAUUCAACAGUCUCAACCUGUCUGUCCCUAAUGGUCUACUGCUACAAUUUCUGCGAGAGGAUACACAAGGAAUGUCCUCAGAGGAGCAGGGUGUGUUAGUGCGACAGAGCUUUCCUCUUCAUGGUCGGGGAGAGGUAGGGCAGCUUCAGGACCCUUCUAUCUCCAAAGAACUGUCACGCACUGUCACCAGCCAGGGAGCCGUGAUACGAUACAUGAGAGACGGCUCCACUGAGGUACUAUUUGCAGACAGCUCUGUCAGUUUCAGCCAGGAUUCUGGUCCAGUGUGGGUGCCUGACUCUGAGGUCAAGGAGGAAAACACUGCUAAAGAAACUGAGGACAACACGAAAGAGCAGAGCACAGAGGAGACUGAUACUCAGAGAGGGUGUUGGUUAACUACGAUUCCUUCUGGGGCUCGAAUCUGCACUGUUGGGACCACACACAAACACAUACCGACCACCUCUCUCCUCGCCUUUAAGGCUACAGACCCCAUCACCCAUGAGGUGAUGCUGAGCCGGGAGGAUCUGGUGGUUUCUGUCCAGAACCCAGAUGGAUCUCUAAGUGUCGAACAUGCGGACGGAACCAGGAUCACCAGGGUCUACCAAGACAGACCACCAAACACACCGCCACACAUACUGCUGCACACAGGGCAGCAGCCUGAGAGCAGGACCCUUAAAUCAACUUCUGAAUGUGCAUGUGGCUGCACAGAGUGUGUGUGCAUCACACGCUGUGCGGAGAGCAUUAAUGAGAACACGCAUAUUCAGGGUACUUGUGGCGAUGGGGAAGAGAUUAACAGGAACGGUGCAGGGAGCAUAUGUGACAAGGAGGGUGUGGGACAUGUUUGCACAGAGCUGAGUGAGUGUGAGAAUAUGUGCAAUGAAAGGGAGAAGACUAUGACUGAGAAUGGUAAGAGAAGUGCAUAUGAGAGUGACAAGGGAAGUGUGUCAACCAAAGAGCGGGUGGUUUUGGUGGAGAAGGAGGGCUACGCCACCGUGGUGAUGUACCCAGAGCGACACACUGCUCACGUCUUCUUGGCAGAUGGAACUGUCAUCACUGGGAAUAACAAUGGAGCCUAUCAGGUGUUCCCAUCCAAUUUGGGGCUACUGCAGAUCCACAGUGAUGGCAAGUGUGUGUACUCAUCCGACUCCCUUAUAACCCCCAGCCCAAAGGGUGACACCUCCACUAACCAACCAGGAAGUUACACCAUGAGCCACACUGACAAGGUGGCCUGUGACAUUACAGACCCUGAUGGGAACCACUUCCAGGUGUUGGAAGAUGGGCAGAUAUCAGUGCUGAACUUCAGCCCGGCUCCAAGCACACUGAAACAUCAUGAGGAGGAGCCAGAGGAGGAGGAAGACAGAGAAAUGGCCAGGCUUCAUGAAAAACACAGAGAACAUAGUCCCAGGCUGUUCCUUGUGCAUGAAGAUGGGUCAGGCACAGAACUACUGAGCUCUCAAACUGUAGAAGAGCUGCUCUACCAGGCGUACUCAGAGCCCACCAUAGCACUGCUGAAGGAGCCACUGCCAGACACAGAAGAUGAGUUUGGCAUUACCAUCAUAAAGCCUAGCUACCAGAGUGUGUGGUCUAGGUGGUUGCUAGGGAAACAGAACCCAGACAUCACCCCUCCCAACCUUAGAAACCGCAGCUGGCACGACUUCCCCAGAGAAGAGAAGAAGACUCUUGGUCCUCUGUUUGGUACUGAAAUAGGACAAGGUCUGACUCUGAGAGAGAGGUCCGAUGGUUCUGCAGCACAACGUCAACCUGUCAGGAGCUGCCCUAAGGUCCUGAAGCUGAGGGAACUGUACCAGUACCGACCCUUUACCACUCCACUCAAACAUACUGUAGACACUCGGCUGAAGGAAUACAUUGAGUGUUUAAUGGAGAGGGAGCAGAUAUCAGAAGAGGUGAUGGUUAAAGACCCUCGCACUGUGGAGGAGUGUGUCCAUGCCAGUGAUCUGCUCAAUCUGGUCCUGUCUUUUGCAGAGGAGGAGGGUGUAGGUCACACUUUUGACAAGAGGAGUUCAGUGGACAUAGCCAGUCUGUACAGUCAAGGAGUUGGAGCCACAGUUGAGAAGUCUGAUGUUUCGGAGGACACAGCUACAGCAGCUAGUUACAGUUUUGCUCAUGAAAAGGAGUCAAAAUGGAAUGAAAGACUCACACAAUACAGACAUGAGAUAUGUGAGGAGAAGGCUUGUAGAGUGGCCCUAAGGAAGAAGAUUGUUGUUCCAUAUUUCCACCCAGAAAAUAUUCCAUUAUACCAGAACCUCCUUCAGCACCAAACACCAGACAUGAAGAGAUUGUCCAUGCAUCUCCCUCCAAUCCGCAAGACAGACAAUACUGAUAUUUUCCUGAAAGAUGCCCCACAAGAAAACACCCCACGACCCUUGAACCCAACACCCUCUCAAUCAGCAAGUCAUGCAGGAAGAAGUGACAAGAUGCCUAAAAAGAGACCCACCAACCCCACGCCUCAGACUGCCGGUGACAGCAGUUGGAAGGGCUCAACUGGGCAAUGUAAGGCAGUCCAGUUAGAUGUUACUGGAAAGCCCAGGAGGACUAAAGUCAGAUUGCCAUCCUCUAUCCUCAGUUCUAAACCUCGCAGUGUACCAAAUCAACAGUUCCUGUCAGUGGAAGAGCCAGUGAGGAGGAAGUGUCGAACAAUUUCUCUGACGGAUCCAAACGUCAUAAUUAGGGGUUUCCAGCUCCUCCCAUCCAGAGUUGACUUUGGGACACUGCUGGAGGGCACCUCGUCUGCCAUUACUGUAGUGAUGAAGAAUGUGGGUGUUGACACAUGCAGGUUCCAUGUGAAACAGCCAUCUCCUGCUACAGGCCUCCGGGUCAUCUACAAUCCUGGACCUGUGGCAGCAGGUUUGCAGGUUGAACUGCAGGUUCAGCUGUUCGCCAUGUGUGCAGUCCAAGCAGGAGAGGUUGAUCCAAAGAAGAAUAUCUCCCAGGAUAUCAUCAUCCACACAGAGACAGACAUCCUCUAUCUGCCUGUCACUGCUACCAUCCUCCCUGAAAGGUUGUAUGACAUUUGGCUAGAGGACCCCAGCAGUACACACAAGAAAAGCUCCAAGGUCCUUAAACUGUCUUCCAGCCCCCCAGCUGGACAGAGAGUCGUAUACCAAAGACCCAAUACCCUCCUGACUGAUCCUGCAGCAAACACAGGUGAAUUAGAGGGGGUGGUGAUGUUCCUAUAUGACGUCAAUGGAGACCCAAUGCAAGGUGCAGCCUUGCUGCAGUUGGUUGGCUCACGAGCGCUAGGUCAGUCACGCGCGCGCACACAUGCACGCAGGGACGACACGCUCAGCUUCAGCAUCACACGAGAGGCAGCAGCACCGAAAACGGUUUGGCAGGUGAGAGCGACAGGCUUUUGCUUCGGAUGCUUAGUCACAUUUAGCUUUGAACGGAGAAACGAAGGAUGGAGCGGGUGGAGUGGAAACACUGAGCGGGUCAGCGGGGAGAAGAGACCGAAACGAGGUAAGGGGGGGGUACCGCCAAAUCCGGAGCAGAUGAUGCUUAUUUGCCGCAGGCCCCGCCAUCGUGAAAUUGGAUACCGACUUGCGGCGGAUGGGGUGACCGAGCUCGCUGCUCCACCGGGGAGGUCCCUGCCUUCGGACGUUACCGGGGUGGGAGCUGCCUGUGCCCGGCUCUAA